AUGUCAUCGAAUCCAUUAUCUGUAUUGAUGUCAAUAAAGACAUUGAAUCCAGAAGUGGACGACUAUUGGCUGUCAAUACCGGCGACCGUGAAAACCAUCGAUGGUCUCAAACUACAUGUGCUGACCAACGAAUGCAUCGACACAGACAUCAAUGUCCUCGACAUACAGCUCUAUAAGUCCAAUGGUAUACUUCGCGGCCAAUCGUCCAUCGCUGGUGUCAUUCGAGACAAAGAUCGCAUCGAAAUGCGGAUCAAAUGUAAAUGUGUGGACAAACGGUCUAAGACUACUGUCACCCGACCGACACCUGUGGCCAGGGAUGGACUGACUCCGCGAUCGCCACUGACUCCGGCGGCCAUUGACUCGCAUUCCCUAUCAUUACUUCACGACUUCUAUAAGACGCUCUCUAAGCAGAUCCAGUCGCUGACCGCCAGUCAAAGAGAAACACUGAUCAUUAGAGACAGGGAUGGAUUGGCCGCGCAAUUGACAAACAAGGAUAAUGAGCUUAAGAAGCAGACAAAGAGUAUGUCCCAAGAGUUGGAGAUCGAGCGCCAGCGUUGCCAUCAGUUGCAGCAACAGAUCCAGUCGCUGACCGCCGAUAAGACAUCGAUCAUCAAAACCAGGGAUCUAUUAUGCGCACAAAUGGCUGAUAAGGAUAUUGAGCUGCAGAGACAAUCAGAGAUUUGGUCCGUUGAUUAUGAGUCCCAACGCCAGCGUUGCGUUGAGUUGCAGCAACAGAUCCAGAUGGUGAAAGCUGGCCACUCACUAGCCGUCAAAGAGUGUGAAAGAAUGCCACAAUUGAUCGCACUAUUGGCCACUGAACGCAAUGAGCUGAAGAAUAUGGGCCGAGAGUUGGAGAUCGAACGCAAACGUUGCUAUCAUUUGCAGCAACAGAUCCAGUCGCUGACCGCCGACAAGACACUGGCCAUCAACGAAAAGAACAAAAUGGCCGCAGAAUUGGCACAAUUCAAGAAUAGGGCAGUGAUGGCGAAGAGUGUGGCCCAAGAUAUUAAGAGAAACCCCUUUGGUUACCACGACGUGAAUAAAAAGUUGCAUACAUUGCCCACAGACAGGUCCCGCACACCGGUCUCCCCUUUGGCCAGACUUUCCACUCCCGGAACCCCUGGCCAUCGGUUCGGAGCUGAUCCCAGCGCUAAAACAUUGUGUCCAGAAGUGGACGACUAUUGGCUGUCAAUAUCGCCAUCACUGAAGACCAUCGAUGGUCUCAAGAGAUCUAUACUGACAGACAAUUGCAUUGUCAAAGACAUGGAUGACAUCCAACUCUAUCUCUACAACGGCUUACUUCGUGGCAACGCAUCCAUCGGUGAUGUCCUCCAAAAUAGAGAUUGCAUUGAAUUGCGGGUGAAGUUUGCGAACACAAAGCGGAUCAGCUCUUCGGUGGGCAAUAAUUAUGGGAGACAUAAGAGGAUUAAAAGUUCUUCUAUUAAUUGCAUAACUGUCGACGACUCCGACGACGAGUCAAUGAGUGGCCGAUCGGCUGUUCAGACCAUUGUUAAGACAGAAAGCGGUUCCAUGUCUUCGCCAAAAGUGGUCAUCAAAUCGGAGGUUAUGAGCGAAACAGACGACACCGAAAGUGUUGACAAAUCAUUGAAUGGCUGCGAAGACAAUGUAAAACAGGAAGUAAUAGUAAAGAGUGAGUCCAAUAUAUCGUCGGCAGCGGUGGUCAGUGACGCCGAAGCCGCGCACCAAUGGCUACCCUAUAGCCAGCCGUGCGGGACAUGU